AUGAAUGAGUGUUUGAGAAGAGCUGAUGUCAAAGAGAUGAUUAAAUACACGCCUGUCGUACAGAUGCCUCUCGAAGGGGAUCAGAAUGUCAAUACGAGUGACACUAAUGCCAUUAAACGCGCUUUUUAUGACUAUUACGGGGAUAUAAUGAUGAAGUGUCCGACAUAUCAUUUCGCCAAACAAUAUGCCAUACAUUCCCCACAAAGUGGUGUCUAUUUCUAUGAACAGACGUAUGCGGGUAAAGGAAACCCGACACUCAAUGGCCUCAUCUCAUAG